UUCCAUGUGUGUCCUCUAUCUAACCAGCCAUAUCUGUUCCAAAUAAAAUACUAACCUUCCGUUUUCUUCAACCAAAUUCAGCUAUAAAAAACCAUAAACCCCCUCCACAUCUCAUUUCACCACCAUGGUUUCCGACCGGAACCAACCGUGGAAAAACGUGUGCGUGAUCGGGGCAGGUCCCUCCGGAUUGGUCGCCGCCCGGGAGCUAAGGAAAGAAGGCCACCAUGUGGUGGUUUUUGAACAAAGUCAUGAUGUUGGAGGACAAUGGCUAUAUGACCCCAAUGUGGAGGGUGAGGAUCCCUUAGGAAGGGAAACUGCCCUUAAUGUGCAUAGCAGUAUUUAUGCCUCGUUGAGGCUUACAUCCCCAAGGGAAAUAACGGGUUUCACUGAUUUUCCAUUCUUGGUGAAGAAAGGUAGGGACAUGAGGAGAUUCCCUGGCCAUGGGGAACUUCUAUUGUACCUUAGUGAUUUUUGUGCCUUUUUUGGUUUAAGGGAGAUGAUAAGGUUCAAUACCAAGGUGGAGUAUGUGGGUAUGUUGGAUUAUGGUGAGUGUGGCAAGGAUUUGAGAUGGGUUGUUAGGACUAGAGAGAGAGAGUGUGAGAAAAUGGUGGAAGAGGUGUUUGAUGCUGUGGUUGUGGCCACUGGCAACUUUUCCAAGCCUAGGUUGCCUUCCAUCAGAGGAAUUGAAUCAUGGAAAAGGAAACAGAUGCAUAGUCAUGUUUACAGAGUUCCUGAGCCAUUUCGCAAUGAGGUGGUUGUGGUGGUUGGAAAUUCUUUGAGUGGACAGGACAUAUCAAUGGAGCUUGUGGAUGUGGCAAAGGACAUUUAUCUCAGUGCCAAAUCUAGUGAUGUUUGUGAGGGCUUAUCAAAAGCAAUCUCCAAACAUGAAAACUUGCACCUCUCUCCACAGAUAGACUCCCUACAAGAGGAUGGAAGGGUUGAAUUUGUAGAUGGAACUUGGGUAAUUGCGGACACCGUCAUUUACUCCACCGGGUAUUCAUAUUCAUUUCCAUUUCUUGACACUAAAGGAAUAGUGGUGGUGGAUGAUGAUAGGGUGGGGCCUCUCUAUGAGCAUACCUUCCCCCCAUCACUUGCUCCUUCUCUCUCCUUUGUAGGCAUCCCUAGGAAGCUCAUAGGCUUCCCUUUCUUUGAGUCACAAGCAAAAUGGAUAGCUCAACUAUUGUCUGGGAAAAGAGCAUUGCCCUCAUGGGAUGAAAUGAUGAACUUCAUCAAGGAGUUCUAUCACUUACGGGAUGUUGCUGGAGUUCCAAAGCAUAAAACACAUGAUAUUGCCAGUUUUGAGUACUGUGAUAAGUAUGCUGAUAACAGUGGAUUCCCACACUUGGAAGAAUGGAGGAAAGUGCUAUGUUUAUCAGCCCUGAGAAGUGCAGAUGCCAAUUUGGAAACAUACCGCGAUUCCUACGAUGAUCUUGAGUUUCUUCAAGUAGCCCAUCAGAGCCCUCAUUUCACUCAACUUGAAGUUGAUUCUAUUCCUAUGUGAUACCCAUCAGUUAAAUUGAAUAGAUUUCAAUCAAAACAGCAGCCCUUUGUUGAAAACAGGGAAAAUACAGUUUAAAUAAGCAGGAACUAAAUGGAGAAGUAAAGUAGAUUCAUUA